AUGAAGACCUCCGCUCUUUUGUCUCUCCUCGCCGCUGCUGGCAUGGUGGCCGCUGCCCCUCUGGGAAAUGGACCGACUAGUGAUAGCGCCUUGGACCAAGCCAAUUCUGCGUCCGGCGCAUCGGGACCCGUGAUGGCUGCCGUUGGCGCCACGGACCUUACGAAGACCCUGGGUCAGGAAAAGGGCGGUGUGUCGAAGGUUGGAGAUGCCGCCAAGGGCGCGACGGAUGCAGCCGGUCAAGCCGUCAGACGGGGUGACCUACCCAUCGACCUGGAGACCGUUAAGAAGGCCGCCGGGGGCGCAAUGGAUUCCUCUGCUCAAUCCGAAAGACGGCGUGACCUACCCUUGAGCGAGGACGAGCUCGCAGAGCUUUUUGGCGCGGUGGGUGGCUUCAAGACGCGCCGUGGCCUGCCCCUCAACAUCGGCGACAUUGGCGGCGACAGCAACAGCCAGAGCGGCAACAGCGGCGACGGCGACGGCAACCAGGUCGUCUACAUGGGCGGUAGCAGCCCAGCGCCUGCCCAACACUACGAGUCCGUCCCCGAGGCCGCCCCCGCUCCGGCCCCUGCACCUGCAUCUGCGCCCGCUGCCGCCCCGGCCCCGGCCCCCGCGCCCGCGUCCGCUCCUGCCCCCGCGUCUGCCCCCGCGCCCGAGUCCGCUCCUGCCCCCGCGUCUGCCCCCGCUGCCGCUGCCGCUCCUGCUGCCGCUCCUGCUGCCGCUCCUGCUUCUCCCGCUCACGGAAGCGAGAUGGACCUCCACCACGACGCCAGCAACGUCAAGGACCAAAGCUCCAACUGGAACACCUACGAUAACCACAACUCCGGCGUGAACGCCCACUACGAUUUCUCCGCCUACGACAACGAGAGCUCGGGCGCUUCCGGGUCUGAGCAGAGCCACGAGGCCGGUCAGGUCAACGACACCGCUCACGCCGAGAGCCAUUGAUUCUUUCGUUUCUGAACUUGCCGUGUUGAUCUUCGGAGAGUUUUCUUGCCCAUGAUGUUUCUUUC